AUGCGAUUGCGCGGCGUGGGCGCCGUGACGGCGCAGCUUCGUUCUCGCGGCGUGGACGUGGAUUUUAUACACUCGAGGAAAGCAACUCCAAAUACAUUGGUAUUAAAUGUAUAUGGUAUGAGUGAAUUGUCUGGAUUGGGUUUUCUAUAUGACGCCACAGAGCCAGAGGCUUUGGGCCGGCCAGUACCUUACCAUAAAUAUAAGCUUGUAAAUCUAGAAAAUAUGGAAGAAAUUAAGGAACCUAACGUCUCAGGUGAACUUUGGUUUAAGGGUCCAGCUGUUUUUAAGGGUUAUUAUAACAAUGAAGAGGUUACAGCGGCAACCCUGACGAAGGAUGGAUGGAUGCGCACUGGAGAUAUUAUGUACCGAGAUAAGAAUUAUCUUUUCUACUUUGUUGACAGACUCAAAUCACUACUUAAAUAUAGAAAUUAUCAAAUAUCUCCAGUAGAAAUAGAAAGUUUAAUCAGAAAUCAUCCAAGCGUGUUCGAAGUAGCCGUGACAGGGGUCCCGGAUCCAGAACAUGGUGAUCUGCCUGUUGCUUUUGUGAUAAGAUUCGACGAAAGUAAAGUAACCGCUCAAGAGAUUAAGGAUUUGGUUAAAAAUAAUUUGUCGGACUCAAAACAACUUCGAGGAGGCGUUAUCUUCAUAAAACAGUUACCUGUAACUGCUUCCACCAAGGUUGACAGGAAAAAACUCGCCGCUCUAGCGAUAGAAAUGGAAAGAGAAUAA